GUGACGUUCGGCAUCAGGGCGGAGUUGGACUACGGCGAGGCCCUGAUCGUGGUCGGAGGCGCCAAGGAGCUCGGGUCGUGGGAACCCGAGAGCGGAUUCGCGCUCACGUGGUCCGACGGGAACGUCUGGCAGGGCGACCUCGCCACGCUCACCAACGAUGCGCCCGAGAACUCGGUGCACUCCACCGCGGUCGAGUUCAAGCUCGUGGUGGUCAAGCCCGACUGGGGCGGGUACUGGUGGGAGGAGGGUGAGAACAGGCUCAUCGACAUG